UCCUUUGACCCUUCACCUAUUCCUCCUCUCUCUCUAAUCUCUAUAUAUAUAUACUUUCCCUUCCGUUACUUCAUAUACUUAUUUUACAUUCCUCUCUUCAAAAUUAAAUACCAAAACAAAAUCAACAACAACAACACACACCAACCAUGGUUCAGAAAGAAGAAGCCGAUAAGAAAAACGACGCUCUCCCCUCUGCCGUUUUCAAAUUAGACUUACAUUGCGAAGGAUGCGUCAAGAAAAUCAAACGCGCCGUUCUCCAUUUAGAUGGUGUGGAAGAUGUUAAAGUCGAUAUGCCUGGUAAUAAAGUGACAGUUAUCGGAAAAGUGGAUCCUAACAAAGUUCGUGAUAAACUGGCGGACAAAAUUAAGAAGAACGUUGAGAUCGUUUUGUCUCCGCCGAAAAAAGAUGCCGCCGCCGGUGAUAAACCGCAGCCGGAGAAGAAGAAACAGGAGGAAGAGAAGAAGAAUAAGCCCGACGACAAAAAACCGGACAAAGCAGAGGAAAAAUCUCCCAAACAGUCGGUUCAAAACACGGUGGUUUUGAAAAUUAGAUUACACUGUGACGGUUGCAUUCAAAAAAUUGAAAAGAUUAUCCUCAAAAUCAAAGGAGUUGAAUCAGUGAAUACUGAUGGAGGAAAAGAUUUGGUGACGGUAAAAGGAACAAUUGAAGCAAAGGAAAUUGUACCUUAUCUUACGGAAAAGUUGAAAAGGACCGUGGAGGUGGUUCAACCAAAGAAAGAAGAUGGUAAAAAUAAAGAGAAAGAUGAAGGAAAACAAAAAUCAAAAGAAAAUCAAGGUGGCGGCGGCGGAGGCGGUGAUAAGAAAGAAGGUGGGAAAAUAGAGGAUGUUGCAACAAAAGUUGAGGUUAAUAAAAUGGAGCAUCAUGGUUAUGGGCACCAACCUCCUAUGUAUUGGUAUGAUGGAUAUGAACCGGGUCAAAGUAGUAACCACACGGUGGAGGUUCAACAAGGGUAUCCUAAUCAACAAGGAUAUUAUGGUUAUAAUAAUAUGAAUCAACAAGAGUAUGGUUAUAAUGGUUAUAAUCAUCAUGUGAAUGAACAAGGGUAUGGUUAUAAUCAUGUGAAUCAAGGUCAAGGUGGAUAUAUGGUAGAGCCUCAACAACCACCAUUUUAUAUGAAUCCAAAUCAUCCUCCUCCACAAAUGUUUAGUGAUGAAAACCCCAAUGCAUGUUCCUUAAUGUGACCGUUUUACGAUUCUUGAGACAAUACUAUUUUUGUUUUGAAGUACACGUGCAAGUUGUAAAUAACAUAAUAAUUAAUUAGUACUAAUAGUUUUAUUUUUAAAUUAGUUUAGGAUAUGAUUUUUAAUUAAUUAGAAAAAUAGUAUAUGGUUGAAUAUAUAGAACUGUGCUAUUGGCGCAUGGUUUGUGACGUAGAGGGACGGUACGGCCUGCUGGAUGAGAAUCCGGUUUUGGGAAAAAGACAAAAAUGGAGUAGCUGUUCAUUUUGUUUGUGUGCUUCUAGUUUAUGUCAUAUUAUGGUAUUAUAAAAUUUGAUAUAUAAAUCAUUUUUCGAGCUA